CUGAUACUAAUGGGGAUCACAUGGAAGAACAAAAACACAGGCAAAAGGCAAAGGGCACGAGGCGCCGAAAGUCUCCGCCGGACCGACAGCAGAUCCCGAAAACUUGCGAUUGACGUUCAAGUUCUCCCCGUUAUCACUCCCUUACAUAAACUUGGGCAUGAGAAAAAACGGCAUCCCGAGCUCAGCAUGAGGCUAACUGGCAUUUCGCUUUAACACACAGUAUGAAGUCCAGCCGCAUUGCAGACGAGAGAAAUGCGCAGCAAGUAAACUACACUAAAAUAACUAAGGCUAUAUUAAUGUACGGUUGUGAUAAAUACAUAUGAUCAAAAGUCUUAAAAAGUAUUUAUAAAACUGAAUGAGUUGCAGCGUCAGCAGCGGGAGCCAAUUGGAGGCAACAGGAGGGGCUACAUCGAAUAGGUCGGGCAGUCAAGGGACCUGCUGUAUCGUUAUAAAUUCGUCCUACCAGUAGGCUGUCGCCUGUAGCGCUUAAAACAUACUUGGAAUAUCGGGAGGGAGGUAGCCUAUAACUGUCAUCUGCUGUCGGUUUCCUUCUCAGGGCUGCGCCUCUUCGUGCCACUAUAAUUUGCGGCGUAAGGAGAAGCCGGAUCUGAAAAUUAGCUCAGCGUGAAAACAGAUCGGCAUCAGGGACAUCUGACACGCAACCUUAAAAAAACAUGGGAGAUAAGCGAGGUCUGACAUACUUAAUUACCGGAGGCUGCGGCUUUUUGGGGCAGCAUCUGCUCAGCGUCCUGCUGGAUCAUGAAGACAGACUGACAGAGAUCCGCCUGUUUGACAAGCAGACCAAGCCAGACCUGGAAGCGCACAGCACAGAGCGGGUGAAAGUGCUGGUGAUACAGGGGGACGUCACGGACCCCAGGAGCGUGCUGGAGGCGAGCCGAGGGGUCGACCUGCUCAUGCACACAGCCAGCCUGGUGGACGUGUGGCACAGAGUGCCCCAGCAGGCCAUUCAUGCGGUCAAUGUCACAGGAACAAUCAAUGUCAUCAAUGCCUGCAUAGAAAAUAAGAUCCCAUAUCUAGUCUACACCAGCAGCAUGGAAGUAGUUGGACCCAACAUCAAGGGAGACCCUUUCAUCCGUGGAGAUGAGGACACUGUGUACAACGUGCACCACGAGAUGCCGUACCCCAAGAGCAAGGCCGAGGCUGAGAGGCUGGUGCUGGAGGCCAAUGGCAAGAAGUUGGCCGGGGGGGCUUGCCUGCACACCUGUGCCCUGCGUCCCACUGGCAUCUACGGUGAGCAUCACCAGCUUAUGCGGGAAUUCUACGAGAAGGGGGUGCAGGCUGGUGGCUGCAUCAUCCGGGGCGUCCCACCCAACACGGAGCAUGGCCGCGUAUAUGCAGGGAACGUAGCCUGGAUGCAUCUCCUGGCGGGGCGUGCCCUGCGGGAGCAGCCCCACACGCUGGGAGGAGAGGUGUACUACUGCUACGACGACUCACCCUAUAAGAGCUACGAAGACUUCAACAUGCAGUUCCUGUCGUACUUCAACUUCCGCGAGCUGACCAUGCCGCUCUGGAUUCUGAAGCUCAUGGCUUGCGUCAAUGACUUCCUGCGCAUGGUUCUGAAGCCCGUGUACAACUACACGCCCCUCCUGAACCGCUACACGCUGGCCGUGGCAUGCACGUCCUUCACGGUGCGCUCUGACAAGGCCCAGCGCCACUUCCGGUACAAGCCGCUAUACGACUGGGACGAGGCACGGGCGCGCACGCAGACCUGGGUGAACACAUUCCCAGUCCCAACCAAGAAUGCCUAACCAUGGAAACACUUUGUUUGGCUCCGGGCAAAGAGAUGGAGAUUCACUGAUCACUGACAAGUUGAGGCUUGACACACGAAGAGACUGCCCUCCAUUGUUUUGACUCAUUCUUCCUUCUUCAGGAACAUUAUUCUUCCUUCCUAGGAACCGUGCAAUUGUAUGUUCCGUACUAAAUGGAAAUGUAGCAAUAAGCAUCUUUCAUAUGAAGUCCCUUUAGCAGUCUGGUUUUUCAUAGAACUGUAAACCAGUAUUUUGCCGGUAUUUGAAUAUUAUUUGAAUAGUCCGGAAUAUUAUUAGCUUUGUAUAUCUGUAAUCAUAUUAAUUUGUAUGAAAUUUUUACAUUUAAAGUAUUUGCAUUUAAUCCGAAAUAACAUAUUUGUGUAUUUAUCAAAUAGACUUAUACAAUUGUUAUAGUGUAACAAUCUUUGUCUUAUUAAUAUAUUUAUAAUUUAGUACAUGAGAUGCAGUAUUUAAUAUAUUAUUACUACAAAAGACAACGGAGUAACACAGAACAGUGUUAGUUGCCCUAGCAAUAAGAUGUUUUGAAAGCACCAUCUGUGUGUGUUUUGUGCUUUUGCUUUUUAGUAAAUUCCGUUGUCUAAGUGACAGCAACUUGUGGUCUUUGGUGAGGCUCAUUCCUUCCUUACCAGGAUUUCUUGGUUUUCAAAAUAAAUCCUUGUAAUGGGACAUAAAAGUA